AUUCACCUAUUUCUCCUCUGCAGUUUCAAUCAUAAAACACACACAAAAGUAGUCAUUGGGUCAGUUACAAAUAUACAUAUAGAUAAUAACUUUCCAAUUUUCAUUUACUCUUCUUCUCCCCUCAAAAACCCCUUUUAGCCUCUUCAAUUUUCAACACCACCAAAGAAAAAGCUACAUACAUACAUACAUACAUACCUAGAAAAUGGCUGAUGAAGGCACAGCUACUUGCAUUGAUAUCCUCUUGGCCAUUAUUUUGCCUCCUCUUGGUGUUUUCCUCAAGUUUGGUUGCCAGAUCGAGUUUUGGAUUUGUUUGUUGCUGACCCUUUUCGGCUAUCUCCCUGGGAUUAUUUAUGCUGUCUAUGCCAUCACCAAGUGAACUUUAAUCUUUGUGGAGGUGUGACCUGUGAACGACAACAAUAUGUCUUUUGUUUCUCUGAUUUGGGGUUCGUUUAUAGGAGUUGAUGGACAGUUGAUUCUUCAUUUUGUGUGUCAAAGUGUUUAAGAUUUUCUUUUUCUUUUCCCUCCUUUUUAAUCUGAUGUAAAGAUAGAAUAUUAGUUAUGUGAUUAGUACGUUUCAUUUGGUUCAAUGUAAAAUAUUUUUAGAAAAAUAUUUUCAUAUUUUACGAUGUUUGUUUUAAAAUAAAAUAUUUAAUUAAAAGUAAAAUAUUUUCAGUUAACUAAACUAAUUAAGACAAAUUUGUGUAAAAUAUUUUAUACUUGAAAUAUCGGUAAAAUAUUUUACAUUUAUCGCAAUUUGCCAGUCCCGAUACACUGCCUCUCUCUCACUUUUACGCUUUCUCAGAUUUCUCUCCACAACCCUGCCCACCCUCAGCCCUUCUCUCUCAGCCAUCACCAAUUCCACUGUCUUCAUCACCACCCAUCAUCGGUUCCACCCUAUUCGGCACCACCCAUCACCGGCUCUCCCUUCAUCAUUGCCACCCAUCACCAGCUCCAUGUCAUCGGUGCCACCACUAGUUCUCAAGUUUUCUCAACGCCACUGUCAAUCUUGUUCCUUCUUCAAGAUUAUUUAGCUGGGUUUCUAGAGGUUGGUUUGUGGUGGGACUUGCUUUUAGUGGGUCAGAGGUGGAUCCGGUGAUCAAGAUUGUACAGUUUUUGGUUGAUGGAUUUUGGGUCUCAGUUGUUCGAUAUGGUGGCUUGAUGGAUGGCAUGGGUGGGGUUGUUUUUCAUGGGUCUUAGUCUUUCUUUUUAGUGGCAGAUUUCAAUUGUUUCUCGUUUAAUUUUUUUUUUUUUGGGUAAUUCAACAAAAUGAAGAUAAAGCUGCUCACCAAUUCAACAAUGGCUCCACUACAUCAUGGUGUAGGCAUUUCUUAUAGAGUUAAAAUAGUUGAAAAUAAACCACAAUUUGUAGCAACCAGAAUUAAAUAUGGAUGGAGAUCAAGAAGAACAGGAAGGGUCUGAUUCUUAAAUUGUUUCUCAUUUCUCAUGGGUUACCGUUGUUUUUCAAGAUGAUUGUGGCAGAUCUUGAUUGUUUUUUCCAUGGGUUUGUGGCUUUGUAUUUACCGGUGAUCCUCUAAUAGCUCCAAAUAGAUUUCUCAGAUUUGGUUGGUAGGAUAUGCACUAAUCCGGUGGGCUGUGAGAAAAAUGUUCACAUUUUAUAUUUAAAAAAAUUUUGAAAAUGAUUUUCCUUUUAGACAAUCAAACACGGUAAAAUGAAAAUAUUUUCAGUAAAAUAUUUUACAUUUGAAAAUAUUUUACUUCAAAACAAACGGAGCGUAAGACUUUGACGAAUGGUGGGUACUGUUCGUUAUGUUAUUGUUUCUUAGAACCUAUUCUUAUUUUAAUGUGAUUUAUGUUCUUUUUCAACCA